AUGCACAAAGUGGCUCACGGCAGCCAGCGGGCGUUCGGCAGGCUUGUUUUUGCCAGCCUGCUGGUGCAAAAGCUUGGCAUCCGACGGCGACAUGGCUCCUUCUUGCGAACCUUGAAGGCUCAUGCAGCUACCGCAAUUGAUGGUACCACGGCCAUCUAUGCUCAUGCCUGGUAUCCAUUGUGCUUUACGGGCACCACGGACAAGUCCAGGCCUCACUGCAUCGAUGUGUGUGGGGCCAGUGUUGUAUUCUGGCACAACGGAGAUCGUUGGUUCGCGGCCUUGGAUGAGUGCCCUCAUCGUGCAGCCCGGCUAUCCGAGGGGCGGAUCCGACAGAACGGCGACAUCGAAUGCCCUUACCACGGUUGGUCAUUCGAAGGUGAGACUGGCCGCUGCUCGCGCAUUCCGCAAGCAGAAUCUGAAGCCGAUCGCAUACGAGAGUCAUCGCGGGCUUGUACGACUGUGCUACCUGCAGAGGAACGUCACGGCUUGCUGUUCGCUUGGGCUGCACCAGUCUUCGGCUCUACAGAGCCGCCGGAUGCAGCUGCCUUGGAUGCUGUGGCUUGCGAGGAGAUUUUCGAAACAACGGGCGUGAAGUACGUUGACUACUCACGCGAUCUCCCCAUGGAUUUGCCCACGGUGAUGGAGAACGUGUUGGCCCGCGCCUCAGCCAUCUGA